AUGUCGUCUGCCGAAUCCAUCAAAUUCAUCGAGAACAUCGUGCGCGCUGAGGUGCAACAAUCGGCGCUUCAGUCAACGAUGGCUGAUGACAUGCCUGGCCAGCACGAAAUGUACGUCAAGAGGAUUUGUGACUCGCUCUGGGACGGCAAGUCCAAGUCAUGGCCUUCCGAGGACCAGAAGCGCCUCAUCCAAGAUCUCUACAUGACAAGGCUCGAGGCCUGCCAGCCCAAGCUCAAGAAAUACCUGGAUGACACCGAGUUGAUCUUCAAGAUCGACAACUCUCUAAUCACCGCCCUUAGCCAGCAGACGGAGAUUUCCUCUGACCAACCGACUGUCGAGGAGAGCUACGAGAGCCAGGAGGCGAAGGACAGAGAUGAGGCCGCCCGCAAUCACCUGGGUGACAGGUACUUCGUCUUCGAACAAUAUCAGAAAGGUGUCGUGACCCGGCGUGCUCAAGCGCCUGGCCCUUUCGGUCGCCCAAUCGACUUCAAGGACAUUCCCGCUGAGAAUGGAAAGAAGAAGUGCCCGUGGCCUGGUUGUCCCGAGACGUUGAGCAGCAACGGCAUCAAACGCCACUAUCAACAAAUGCACGCCAAAGACCCGACGAAAUCCAUAUUCUGUCCUUUCUGUCCGCACACCGAGUACCGUGGAGAUUCCACCAUCGAAAAGCACCUGAAAAACAAGCACCCCGGUUUCUACCAGAAGAUUGCACACAAGCUGGACAAGAGAACCCGCAAGAAGUCCGUCCCGGAGAAUGGCGCUCAAGAGGUUGCGCAGUCCAAUGAAGGCUGCGAGAUACAGGGAGUAGAGGACGAAGGAGAUGAGGCCUUGGGCUACCAGGAGAUGGAAUAUGAGGAAAUGGCCGAUGCUCUGCCCUGA